GUGUCCAGAUCGAAGCGGAGAUUUGGGGGAGAACGCAAGGGGAAAGAGAAGAAUCGGCAGAGCGGCGGAGAAGGAGAGGAGAUGGCAUCGGGCUGGGGGAUAACGGGGAACAAGGGGCGAUGCUACGACUUCUGGAUCGACUUCAGCGAGUGCAUGUCCCGCUGCCGGGAGCCCAAAGACUGCGCCCUCGUCCGCGAGGACUACUUCGAGUGCCUCCAUCACGCCAAAGAGUUCCGACGUAGAAACCGUGUUUACAAGGAGGAGCAGCGUCAGAUACGAGCAGCUGCACGGAAGGCAGAGGAAGCUGAAGGGGGCAAAGCGAGCAGUCACCAUUAGCUGUUCUCAUAAGCAUCCCUUCCCAAUUUGACCAGAGCAGCAACAUGGAUGGGUUUCGUACUGUUUGCUUUGAUGAGUGAAAGCAUCAUCACCUGUUUUCCUUGCGAAUCUGUAGACUUGGUUUGUGCAAGAACCAAGUUAAUAAUAGUGGCUUUCGUCCAAACAAAGGGAUCAUUCUAUCCGGAAAUGUCUAGUUAAUUGUUAUUACCAAACUGAACUAUUUGGUCAAUGCCUUUGAUUUCUUUCA